CAAGCUGAAAACAAAUGUGAAUUUUGAUGCUGGUAAGUCUCGCGCACGCUCCCACAGUUCAGUCAACGCCUCCGACAUGGCAGGACUGUUAAUCGCGGUCGCAGCACUGCUGCUCGCAGUCUAUCUCUAUCUGAAGCGCAGCUGUCGCUACUGGCGUCGUGUCGCGAACAUUGACGGACCGCAGCCACGUUGGGUUUUGGGAAAUAUCUCACAGCAGAUCACGGGACGGAAGCAUUUCGGCGAGAUUUUUGCGGAAGUUUACAGAUCGUACCCCCAGGCGUCAUGGGUCGGCGUGUACGAGCUGUUCAACAAACCGGCCGUCCUGGUUCGCGAUCUCGAACUGGUCAAGGAGAUCUUGGUCAGCAGCUUCCAGCACUUUAACAAAAACAGCUUCGAAGUAGACGCCAGCAUCGACCCGCUAGCCUCAAUGAACCCCUUCGUCAACGUGGGCGACCAGUGGAAGGAGAAACGAUCGCAGAUCGUCCCGGUGCUAACGGCAACCCGCGUGCGCACCACCUUCCCGAUCAUCAAGAACGUCGCGGAGAAUUUCUUGAACUACGUCGAUCGCGUCCGAGGCGGGAGUCCCGAUUUCGAGGUGAAGGAGGUUUGCGGCCGGUACACCAUCGAUUCGGUGGCGAGUUGUGCGUUCGGAAUCGACGCCGAGUCGUUUAGCAACCCGGACGCGGAGUUUGCCCGGAUGGGCUUUGAGCUGUUCAACGCGGACUCGGCGAUCGCGUGGCUGCGUGCAAUGUUGGCACUUUUUGCACCGAGGCUGGCAUCGCUGCUGAAGUUGGCGUUCAUCCCCAAGCAUAUUGACUGUUGGUUCCGCAGCUUGAUCGAGAAUGUCACGAAUCUGCGGAAGGAUGGGAAGGUGCAGCGGCGAGAUCUUUUCCAGGCGAUUCACGACACUCUGUCGCAGAACGGAACCGUACCAGUCAAGAGCAACGAGUUGAUUGGUCACUCGGUCACGUUUCUGACGGAGGGAUUUGAGACGUCUGGGACGUUGAUGAGCUACGUGCUGUUUGAGUUGGCAACCAACCGAGAGGUUCAAGAUCGCGUCCUUGAAGAGCUGGACUCCGCCCUGGAAGAUGGCCAACUGACGGACGAAGCCGUCCAAAAGUUAGUCUACCUGGAGCGCGCCAUGUACGAAACGCUGCGGCUUCACGCCGCGACGCUGACCCUGACCAAGGUUUGCACCAAAGAGUACGAACUGCCGGCGCAGUAUCCGACCGACAGGAAGCGAGUUCGCAUCCAGCCGGGCACGGCGGUCAUCAUUCCGGUGUACGGAAUUCAUUACGAUCCGGAGAUUUUCCCCGAUCCGCACCGCUUCGAGCCGGAUCGAUUCUUGGAGGAGAACAAAAAGACACGCCACCGGUAUGCGUUUUUGGGCUUUGGCGAAGGGCCGCGAAUCUGCCUGGGGAUGAAGUUUGGGAUGCUGCAGAGUAAGAUCGGAAUUGCGACGCUGUUGAGCAAGUAUCGUGUUGAGUUGUCUCCCAAGCAGCAGUUGCCCCUGGAAGUGUCCAAAAGCACCUGGCUGCUUGCUCCCAAGGGUGGCAUUUGGGUGAGGUUCGUCGAGCGGAAGAAGUGAUACGAAUGAGGGAGAUUUCUUUCCAGAAACACAAUCUACACAAAACUUAAGCUUCAACAAAGGUUCUGGAAUCAAGCCAAAAAUAUAUAGUUUAUCCACAA